AUGACUUUUCUAAGCAGCAGCGGUGCUGGAAGUUAUCGAUAUUCAGCGCUACGACAAAAUGAGCCACUUUUAGAGGACGAAGAGCCCGCGGAUACUGUAGACAUGGAGGAUACUGUAGGAGGUACUGUAGUGCAGAGUGAGUACGGUAUUGAGUACGGUAUGCCCGAGGGGACUUUCGACUCGGUUUUCACCUAUGCACCCUAUAAUGAUUUGGAUAAGAUGGGAUAUGAGGCACCGAGGCGGUGAGUUUUUUGUUGGGGGCUUUUGGGGGCCUGGAUUUAGGCCGAGCAGAAAUGUUAGGCUUAGGCUCAGGCGCAGGCUGAGCGAAGCUCUAGACUGCGCCAUUUGGGGUUUAGGCUUGAAUUUAGGCUUAUCCAAAACUCUUCUAGGCUUAGGCUUACCCAAAAAGCUAGGGUUAGUCUUAGGCUUAACAAGAAGGUUAGGCUUGAAUUUAGGCCUAUCCAAAUCUCUUCUAGGCUUAGGCUUAUCUAAAAAAAUUGGCCUAAGGCUUAACGAGGUUAGAAUCAGCUUUUGAAGUCAUUUAAAAAUCAGGGCUUAGCUUUGGUCGAAAUUGGACAUAUCUAAAAUUUCAGACUUGAAAAAUCAGGUCCGACAGAAACUUCAGGUCCAAAAAUUUAAGCCUGCUUGAAAUCUAGACUCAGCUGAGAAUUCAAAUCAGGCUUAUGCUUAGUCAUAAAAAGUGUUAGGCUUCGAUUGAGGCUUGCUCAAAAUUAAUUCAGCCAUAGGCUUAGGCUUAGCCAAAUAACUGGGCCUAGUCUUAGGCUAAACCAAAGAGUUAGGCUUAGGUCCAAGAAUAAUGUUAGGCUAGGCCAAAAUCUUUCUAGGCUUAACCAGCCCAGUCCAAAUCCCACCCUCCCCAAAUUUCCAGCCACGGUCUCCAACUCGGCAAUCGCUACGCGAAUUUCACCUACACCCGCGACUUCGCCGCCGCCAACGACGACGGUUCCAACUCGCAAAUCAAACUCGCUCCACUGACAACCAUCGAAUUUCUGAUCUACGCUGUGUCGAUGCUGUUCGUCGUGUUCACAAUGCCACUCAGUUUGCUGUUUUCGUUGAAAUUCGUUGCGGAUUCGGAGAAAUUGGUGGUUUUGCGGUUGGGAAGAGCGCAGAAGAUCCGGGGGCCGGGAAUCGCGUGGAUUGUGCCGUGUAUUGAUCAGACACAUCGGAUUACGACGUCGAUUACUGCGUUCAAUGUGCCACCAUUGCAGGUGAGCGGGAUUCCGAUGCUUGUGGUGCUCAGUGGUCGCUGACGCGGAAGCUUCCGGUUUACACCCUAAUUUCUGAAAGUUUUCCAAAAUUCACACGAAAAAUCAGCAAAAACUUGGAAAACUAAAUCUUUCGAUGUUAAAAAACAUUUUCAAACAUUCUUUUCGUUCUUAGCUAAUCCUAAGCCUAACAAUAAGGCUAGGCCUACAUUUUUGGUUAGGCUUAGCUGAGGCUAGAAGCCUAAGCCCAAACCUAAGGCUAGGCCUAACUGUUUGGCAAGGUUAGAUAAGCCUAAGCCUAAGGAUAGACCGACUUUUUCGUUAGGCUUAGCUAGGCCUAAGCCUAGGUCUAGCUAUUUGGUCAAUCCUGAACAAAAAACGGGCCUAUAAUGAGCCUAAACUGGGCCUUAUGAUUCAAAUUUUUUAUGCCUUCGUUUUUGGUUAGGCUUAGCUGAGGCUAGAAGCCUAAGCCUAAGGCUAGGCCUAAAUAAAUGAAUCAGCCCUUGUGGCAUAAAAUAGAGAAGCCUUGAAGCCUAAACCGGAAGCAUCCGCGAAGCUGCCACAUGGAAUGCGGAAAACACCCUUCAUCUUCCAGGUAAUAACCCAAGAUCGUGGCCUUGUCGAACUCGGUGCCACGGUGUUUCUCCGCAUCCGCGAUCCGAUCCUCGCGGUAUGCGGCGUCCAAGAUCGCAACAAAUCCGUGCGCACCCUGGCUAACACAAUGCUCUACAGAUAUAUCAGUAAGAAGCGGGUGUGCGAGAUCACCAACAUACAGGAUCGUCGAAUUCUAGCUGCAGACUUCAAAGACGAGUUGGCGGCGUUCACGUGUAAAUUUGGAGUUGAGGUGACUGAUGUCGAGAUUUCGGAGGUGAAAAUUGUGAAGGAGGGUGAGAAUAUGGGAAUGGCGGCGUUGAAUUGUGUGGCCAAAUCGGAUGCUGGACAACAAUUGUGGCAGGUGAGAAGCCUAGAAGGACUGAAAGCCUAGAAAAAGCCCUGAAAGCCUAGAAGAAGCCCUAAAAGCCUAGAAAAAGCCUUAAAAGCAUAGAAAAAGCCUUGGAAGCCUAGAAGAGGCCUUGGAAGCCUAGAAUAGGCUUUGAAAGCCUAGAAUAGGCCUUGAAAGCCUAGAAAAAGCCUUAACAGCCUAGAAGAAGGCUUCAAAGCCUAGAAAAAGCUCUAAAAGCCUAGGAAAAAUUUCGGAAGCCUGGAAGAAGCCUUGGAAGCCUAGAAUAAGCCUUCAAAGCCUAGAAUAAGCCCUAAAAGCCUAGAGAAAGCUCUAUAAGCCCUGGAAACCUAGAAGAAGCCUUAGAAGGUUAGAAAAAGCCCUGAAAGCAUAGAGGAAGCCGUAAAAUCAUAGAGAAAAUUUCGGAAGCCUAGAAGAAGCCCUGAAAUCUUAUGAUAAGCAUUCAAAGCCUGGAAGAAGCCCUAAAAGCCUGGAAGAAGUCUUAACAGCCUAGAAUAAGCCUUCAAAGCCAAGAAGAAGCCCUGAAAGCCUAGAAGAAGGCCUGAACACCUAGGAGAAGACUUGAAAGCCUAGAAUAUGCCCUGAAAACCUAGAAGCCUGGAAUUUUUCCAGGUCAUCAAACCAGCCUUCGAGGAGUUCACCAAAGAAUGUGCCGAAGAAAACCAAGGGGCCUCAACUUCAGCGGCCUCAGGCCCACUAAUAGAUUUCGGGCCACCCGAGCCCGCGCCAAGUCUCGAAUGCGGAAGCGGAAGCGACGCGGAUUCCGACGCGGAAUUCGACUUGGAUCGACUGAUAAGCGUUGCGAACAUUGCGAUCGACGAGCAUUUGACGCGACUCAUCGGAAAAGUCUUCGAAAUUCGCAUCGACGACGACGCCGAGCCGAUUUGCAUCGAUCUCAAGUCGCAAAAAGGAGCGGCGCGUCGCGGAGCCGCCGCCAACGCCGACGUGGUUUUCGAGGCGUCGCGCGACGAAUUUGCGAAAAUUGCGAGAAGGCGAGUGUCACCUGUCACUUCGUAUAUGCACGGCAAGUUACGGAUACGCGGAAAUGUUCAGGAUGCGAUGCUUUUUAAGCAUUUGGUGGAUCGAAUGAGUGAUUGGCUAUGA